CAGUCUUUCUUCUUCUUCUUCUUCUUCAGAUACAGAGACUCAGAGAGAAUGGAGGGCCAGCCGGCAGCUCUGCUUAAAUGCCAGCGAAUCGGCUGCAACGCCACGUUUUCCGACGACAACAAUCCCGAAGGCUCUUGCCAAUACCACGCUGCGGCAUCUUCGAUUUAUCAGGGACCUAUAUUUCAUGAUGGGAUUAAAGAGUGGAGUUGUUGCAAGAAAAAGAGUCACGAUUUCAGCUUGUUUUUAGAAUUAGAAGGGUGCAAGACAGGUAAACACACGACAGAGAAACCAGUGUUGGCAAAGCCGAAGCCUGGGACUCCUGUUUCCUUACCUACUUCUGCUCCUGCAUCUGAUGCAUCAGCAAAACAGUUGUGCGCUAGGUGCCGGCAGGGUUUCUUCUGUUCAGAUCAUGGUUCACAAUCCAAAGAAAUGAACUCAAAGCCUGUAAAUGUAGUUACAACGCCACUUACUGAAAGCAUUACAGAAGAUCAAGGCACUUCUGCACCACCAAAAAAAAUUAUAGACAUAAACCAGCCGCAAACCUGCAAAAAUAAAGGUUGUGGUCAAACUUUCAAAGAGAAGGAUAACCAUGAGACAGCAUGCAGUUACCACCCAGGCCCUGCUGUUUUCCAUGACCGAGUGAGAGGAUGGAAGUGCUGUGAUAUUCAUGUAAAAGAAUUCGAUGAGUUUGUGACCAUCCCUCCGUGUACCAAGGGGUGGCACAAUGCUGACCCAGUCCCCUAAACAGCAGAAGGGAAGGUUGAAGUUCUUUUCUUAUUCUUAUUGUAAUGUGUAUUGUUAAUUGAACGGAUACAUGUCCUUAAGUUGUCAUCCUCAUUGUUGAACCGUG